AUGGGCAAUGAUACCUUACCUUUCUGGCACACUUUAAUACCUUUUGCUUGCGUCUUUCACUCGUCCAGGCGCUGCCAUCCCAAGUUCGGUGCACUUAAAGUGUAUGCAGGUCAGGGUCUUUUUGCAUCCUAUCAAUCUGCUCGGCACAGAGGCAACUGGUUAUUCAAGCAACACGGUCGUGUCGUCAAGGCGAUUUCCAUCCAUGUAUCCCGUGCUGCGCUUCCUACCAUUGUGGUUGUGUCACAUUUCCGCACAUGA